AAGACAAAGAAGUAACAUUUAGGUCCUCCUCUGCACGUUUCUCCUUCGUCAUCGUGGUUCUCUUACCUAGGGUUUGCAGGCGGGCGCGACUCUUCUCCGCUGUUUCUACCUCUCUCGUUUGGCAGCCAUGGGAGAAUCCAGAUCGGAGAUUGCCGGGCGAGUCGGUGAUUUCUGGUAACGGCGCCUACUCGAGCGAGCGUGGAUCUUGAAGAGGUGGGCUGAGAUUGUUUUCUGCUCGAUUGAAAUAGGAGAGGAGAGAUGGAUGGAACGACUCGAGGGGGCAGCAAUGCGGACAUGUAUCUACCGAAUUAUAAGCUCGGGAAGACUCUGGGCAUCGGUUCGUUUGGUAAGGUGAAAAUAGCGGAACACGUGUUGACUGGGCACAAGGUCGCCAUAAAGAUCCUCAACCGGCGCAAGAUAAAGAACAUGGAGAUGGAAGAGAAAGUGAGGAGAGAAAUAAAAAUCCUCAGACUCUUUAUGCAUCCGCACAUCAUCCGACUUUAUGAAGUCAUUGAGACGCCUACGGACAUUUAUGUUGUGAUGGAGUAUGUGAAGUCUGGGGAGCUGUUCGAUUACAUUGUCGAGAAGGGCAGGUUGCAGGAGAAUGAAGCUCGCAACUUUUUUCAGCAGAUUAUUUCCGGUGUGGAAUACUGCCAUAGGAAUAUGGUCGUUCAUAGAGAUCUAAAGCCUGAAAACUUGCUGUUGGAUUCUAAAUGGAAUGUGAAGAUCGCAGAUUUCGGUCUGAGCAAUAUAAUGCGUGACGGUCAUUUCUUAAAGACAAGUUGUGGGAGCCCCAACUAUGCCGCUCCGGAGGUUAUCUCUGGUAAACUUUAUGCGGGGCCUGAAGUAGAUGUAUGGAGCUGUGGAGUUAUAUUAUACGCUCUUCUUUGUGGCACACUCCCUUUCGAUGAUGAAAACAUACCUAACCUUUUCAAGAAAAUCAAGGGUGGGAUGUACACUCUUCCAAGUCACUUAUCGGCAGGUUCAAAGGACUUGAUCCCAAGGAUGCUUAUAGUUAAUCCAAUGAAACGAAUCACCAUUCCAGAGAUCCGUCAGCAUCCUUGGUUUCAAGCUCAUCUUCCACGUUAUUUGGCCGUGCCUCCACCUGAUACGAUGCAGCAAGCGAAAAAGAUUGACGAGGAAAUACUCCAGGAAGUGGUCAACAUGGGUUUUGAGCGCAAUCAACUUGUCGAAUCACUUCGCAACCGGAUUCAAAAUGAGGCUACUGUUGCAUACUACUUGUUAUUGGAUAACCGUUUCCGACCUUCCAAUGGCUACCUCGGAGAUGAGUUUCAAGAAACGAUGGAGUGCACCUUCAAUCGUGGAAAUCCAGGGGAGCUUACCAUUCCAACUGUUGGGCCUCGCUACCCACUACCUGGAUAUAUGGAUUACCAGGGAGUGAAUUCAAAACCAGGUUAUUAUGGUGCUGAGAAGAAAUGGGCUCUUGGUCUCCAGUCUCGAGCCCAUCCACGGGAAAUAAUGACUGAAGUUCUUAAGGCGCUGCGAGAACUAAAUGUGUGCUGGAAGAAGAUUGGGCACUAUAACAUGAAGUGCAUGUGGAAUCCUUGUGUUCCCAGUCAUGAGAGCAUGGUUAGCAAUCCUGUCCAGAGUAAUUAUUUUGGUGAUGAAUCUACAAUAAUCGAGAAUGAUGGCGCAACCAAGUCCAGAAAUGUGGUCAAGUUUGAGGUGCAGCUUUACAAAACGACGGAGGAGAAAUAUUUACUCGAUUUGCAGAGGGUGCAGGGACCCCAGUUUCUGUUUUUGGACCUCUGUGCUGCUUUUCUUGCCCAACUCCGGGUCCUUUAGGAAGAGAAGGGUGAAGAUAUCCACGAAAAGUCCUGCCAAUAAAACUUGUGAAUAACCAUUGGAGGUGUGUACAUAUAACUUUGUCCCUAAGCUUCUCUGUUCUUUGUAUUGGGUAGACCUUUUCAAAUUGGAGUUCAACUUGGGGAAUGUCUAGUUGGCCGGUCUCUGCGCAAUUGAGGUGGAUAUUUACUAAUUAUGGUGGAAGAAUUGACCAUCCCUAAGACUGGUACCUCGUCAUGCAAGAGGCAUUUAGAUUAUUCCCAAGGGUUAUGUUAUAUGUAGUUUCUUCUUCCCCCUUUUGCCAAGAUGAAAAGUAUGUAGUUCGAUGUUCUUCUGUCAAAUCAGAAAAAAAUUGUUGUCAUCGGAGUGCAUUUUUUCUUUUGGUUAGUCUACUUUUUACUAGUAUCUUAGAUGGUGUCCCAGAGUCUAUCUAAUCCGAUGAUGCUUCCUUUUAUUAA